CGGAUCGGUAAAAACGGUGCCAGACAACAGACAAAUCUACAAAACGAAAGAAAGAAAGAAACGAAGAAAAUCCUUUGGACAAAGAAGAGAAAAAAGAAAAGCACUGCGAACUGAUCGGAACAUUGCCGAAAAGCAAACCAAACCAAACCAAAUUUCAAUUUAACAACGGAUUCAUCAGUCCAUGCCCGUCCACGCCUCGUAGCGACCCCCUUCUCUCCGAUCGCAGUACGGCGGUUUUCCGAUGGGAGGCGGCCGAAAGAGUUUCUCGGUGAAUUCCAGCGACUACAGGCUUCUCGAGGAGGUCGGUUAUGGCGCCAGCGCGACUGUGUACAGAGCGAUCUAUAUUCCUUCCAAUGAAGUCGUGGCCGUCAAGUGCUUGGAUCUGGAUCGCUGCAACAGUAAUCUGGAUGACAUUCGUAGGGAGGCACAAACAAUGAGUUUAAUAGAUCACCCUAAUGUAAUUAGGGCAUAUUGCUCAUUUGUUGUUGAUAGAAACCUUUGGGUGGUAAUGCCAUUUAUGGCCGAGGGAUCUUGUUUGCACCUCAUGAAGAUUGCAUAUCCAGAAGGAUUUGAAGAGUCUGCCAUUGGUUCUAUCCUCAAAGAAACUCUUAAGGCUCUGGAAUACCUUCAUCAACAUGGACAUAUUCAUCGUGAUGUCAAGGCUGGAAAUAUUCUACUUGAUAGUAAUGCGGUGGUAAAGCUUGCUGACUUUGGUGUUUCAGCUUGCAUGUUUGACAAAGGUGAUCGACAACGCUCAAGAAAUACCUUUGUAGGAACCCCUUGCUGGAUGGCACCUGAGGUUUUGCAGCCAGGAAGUGGAUAUGAUUUCAAAGCUGACAUUUGGAGUUUUGGAAUUACUGCAUUGGAGUUGGCUCAUGGUCAUGCACCUUUUUCAAAAUAUCCCCCAAUGAAGGUUCUCUUAAUGACCAUACAGAAUGCCCCACCAGGCCUUGAUUAUGAUCGUGAUAAGAAGUUCUCUAAGUCUUUUAAAGAAAUGGUUGCGAUGUGCUUGGUGAAAGAUCAAACAAAGCGGCCUACUGCAGAAAAAUUGUUAAAACAUUCUUUCUUCAAGCAUGUUAAGCCUCCAGAGCUUUCUGUAAAGAAACUAUUUGCUGACUUACCACCAUUAUGGAAUCGUGUGAAAGCCCUCCAGCUAAAAGAUGCUGCACAAUUAGCGCUGCGGAGAAUGCCUUCAGCAGAACAAGAAGCAAUAUCACAGAGUGAGUACCAGCGAGGUGUUAGUGCCUGGAAUUUUGACAUUGACGAUUUGAAAGUCCAAGCAUCAUUGCUGCAAGAUGAUGAUGAAAUACAAGAAACCAGGGAAGAAGAUGAAAGCACAAAACCAGUUGUUAACAAUAAGGAUGCAUCGUGUUCGAGAUCUGAUUUGAGGACAUCAAUUUCUACGAAUGAAUUUAUUUGGAGUGAAAAAACAAGUAGUGAUGGAUUUUCCCUAGCUGAGGGCUCAAACAAUAAGGGAAAAGUGCCAGAAAGUAAUUUAGGAGAGUCUGAUUUUCAAGGGAAAAUUGGUCUGGAGAAAAAUGGCUCAAGAACUGAGCUGUCACCAUUAACCUUGGAGGAGGACGGAGCAGUACAAGCCAAGACUAAAACUGCAACUGGAAAAAGUCGCCAAACCCAGAGUGGGCCACUCACACCUGGCAUUGUGUUAAGUCAUUCAAUGUCAGAAAAGGGGCGUUUCUUUGAAAGGUGUGAAAAUGAAAGCCAAUCAUUAACAGAACGACCCCUACGUGAGGUGCGAAAAGCACCCAGUUUUAGUGGUCCAUUGAUGCUUCCUAACCGAGCUUCAGCAAACAGUUUAUCAGCUCCCAUAAAAUCUUCAGGAGGGUUCAGGGAUUCACUGGAUGACAAGUCAAAGGCUAAUCUGGUGCAAAUAAAAGGCCGGUUUUCUGUAACUUCAGAAAAUGUUGAUCUUGUAAAGGAUAUUCCAUUAUGUACAGUUCCUCGACGAACUUCACAGGGUUCACCACUAAGGAAAUCUGCUAGUGUUGGAGACUGGAUAGUAGAGUCCAAACAAGUGCCUGUAGGUCUAUCGCCCAAAGAAAUGAGCAACAGUAACAUACCUGCAUCAAUUCUCAUGCCUCAUCUUCAGAACCUUUUUCAGCAGACGUCAAUUCAACAGGAUCUCAUUAUGAACUUGUUGAAUAGCUUACAACCAAGUGAGGUACCAGAGGCUUCUCAAAAUGGAAAGUUACCCCCAUUACCUCGCAGUUCAGAAAACAAUGGGAGUGUUGAAUCAGCAGCUUCUGAAAGGGAGCGUUUAUUGCUUAUCAAGAUCUCUGAGCUUCAAGCGAGGAUGCUUAACUUGACUGACGAGUUGACUACUGAAAAACUGAAAUACAUACAAUUGCAACAACGGCUAAAUACUGCGUGUGGCCGGGAGGAGGAUGGAGACGGAAGAGAAGGGGAUACUUGAAUUUUGGGAAGCAAAAAUUGAUUGAAGUGUAAAGUGACGCCGCCAUGUAUAUCCAGAGUGGUGGACCAGCAUUCGGGUUUGUAGAAUUGUGCCUUUCUUGGACUAAUGCUGAAUAAGCUUGCUAUCGAAGGUUCCAGCCCCAGCCCCACUGCAGUGACAAAUAAGCAAAAUAAUUGGCAGAGUAAAGAUCACCAUUUCUCUUUUGUUUUGUUUUCAGUAUGAAUCCCAAAGGAGAUGCCCACUGUGCAGAGUCGAUGUAGUUACCUCCUUAGUUAGCCGUCCGCCGUGAAAAAGAAGGAAGAAUAGGGUUGGUGGACAAGGGGUUUUAAUUUGUUUCGACACAAACCCAUAUAUAUAUAUAUAUAUUGUGUUUAGCCAUGACAUUAAACUGUUAUUUCGUUAAUAGGUAAUAAGCGUUUGAGCUUGGUUUUGUUGCUA